UUCUUCUUCCAUGAGUUUUAUUUAUGUUGCUGAACCACCUACUUGUGGAAAAGUAGUAUUGAAAACGACUGUGGGAGAUAUCGAAAUAGAAUUGUGGACCAAAGAAGCUCCCAAAGCUUGUAAAAACUUUAUUCAAUUGUCUCUUUCCGGUUAUUAUGACGGCUGUCCAUUUCAUAGGAUUGCCAAAGGUUUUCUAGUUCAAACUGGUGACCCCACAGGAACAGGAACUGGUGGACAAAGCAUCUACGGAGCUCCAUUUCCUAAUGAAAUACAUUCCAGACUCAAGUUUAGACACAGAGGAAUGGUUGCUAUGGCUUGUGAUGAACCCAACCAAAACAAUAGUCAGUUUUUUAUCACAUUAGACCGCUGUGAUUGGUUAAACGGACAACAUACUAUAUUCGGUAAAGUUGUGGGAAAUACCAUAUUUAACGUAUUAAGAAUAGCAGAUUGGUCACCUGUCGAUGAACACGAAAGACCACAAGAACCCGUUUACAUCAAUAGUACGUUGGUAUUGUUCAAUCCCUAUGAAGACAUCGUGUUGAGUCCCACCAAAGUUGAAAAGAAACAAUCGGAUGUAAAACCACAACGAUUACAAAAAGUAGCAAAGAGAAAGAGCAACUUGUUAUCCUUUGAUAAUAAUGAAGAACAGGAAACCUUUUUAGAAAAGCCAAGUUUGGUCCAUCCCAAGGUGGAAAUAGCCAACGUACCUGCUGCUGUGGAAUCAUCACUCAAUGAAAAGAAGAGUCCAAAAGCAAUGUCUACGAAAGAACAACAUGUGGAAAAUAUAGAACAAAGUGAGCAAACUGAACAACACCAAGAAACUCAAGUCGAUUAUUCUCAAACUGCAGUAAUUCAUGAAUAUGAGCAAUUGAAGCAGAAAUGGAAACAACAAAAGAACAAGACAAUGGUCGUUUCACUCGAUUCUCAACAAAAAGAUGAGGAAAAAGUAAUCCAAGAUGCUCCUUUUAUGUCGCCAGUAGAAGCUCGAAGACUAAAAUAUGCAACUAAGAGACGAAAUGCAAACUUGGGAAAUAGACAAGAGGAAACUUUGAAGCGAUUGCAACAAUUUCGUGCCAAUCUUCGACGACCGACUUUGCAGUCUAAUGCAGAAAAAGAAGAUAAAGGAUGGCUUCUUCAUCGACUACAGUUUCCUCAAAAUACGAAAGAGAAGGAUGAAACGGAUCAUUCCAACGAUUAUGAAGUUUUCGAUCCUUUACAGGGCAAAAGAGGAGAAAAUGCAAAUAUUCAUCGUUCAUAAUAUAUUAUUUCAACCAACCAUUGUCUGUUUUCUUCCACGUCUUUUAACUUUUU